AUGCUGCACCGCCUCACCCCAUCUUGCUACCGCGAUCGUUCUGAGGCCCCGCUGCAGCCGAUGGACAGCCAGUCGCUGCUGCUGAACAUGAAGAUAUUCCUCAACGACGUUUUCAUAUCCGUUCUUCCGUUCGACGGCCGGCAGCGCAUCACACCGGAAAAAAAUUUCUACUUUGACCAUCCCGAGUCCGAGCCGUCGUGCCCCUUCGGCAUUAUUGACAUCGAUAGAGACUUAACCCCGUCGGCUCCCGAUUAUGGGACUCAACACAUCUGUGGUUAUGGUCGGCCCAGCAGCUGCCAUGGGUUGAUCUGUAUGCAGGAUAGUGCAAAUUAUUUCGAGGACUCGAACACAGUUGUGGUGUUAAACCCAUUAAUUAAUGAGUUCAAAUCCAUCGACUGCUACCCCAUCAGAUGUCUCCUCUCUGACGCCAGUUGUACUAGCUUAGUUUGUGCUGGGUUCGGAUUCGACCCCGUAUCUAAAGACUAUAAGGUAUUGAUGGAUGUCGACAACAGCUUCAGCACUGAAUAUAAUCCCGACGAUCCCCGUUAUGUGGUGUGCUCCCUGAAGACUGGUUCUUGGCGUCCUGUAUCUAAUUAUCCUCAACCUCCGUUAGAUGAUACGCCCAGGUGGUACUCAAUAGAACGCAACUCUAUUUACAUAGAUGGGAUUAGUUAUUCGCUUGCAUGUGACAACAAUUUAAGGAGUCUUUUCGGCAUAGUUUCCUUCAACUUUGCCACUGAAGAAUUCUCGUGGUCCCGAUGGCGACAUGUAAACGACGAGUGUUUUUGGCCUAAUGGGUACUGCCUGGUAGAAUAUGAGGGGUUGCUCGGUUGUGUUCUUUUUCAUGAUGUGGAAGGCAUGACGAAAUUCCAUUUGUUGGUUAGAGAGAAUGAGUCGUGGGCUCAGGUAACCAGCUUCCGUGUUCCCGGAGCAGAUAGACCCGUGGCGUGCUUGGGUAAAGACAAGUGGUUUUUCAGAGGAAAAAAGAACGAGCUGCUGUUUUUUGAUCCCACUGCCGUGGACCCAAAGCCUGUCUGCAUUUAUGACUUGCACCAGUAUGCAGAAAUUAUUCCGUUUGUGGAAAGCACAAUCUGGCCCUAUGCUACAAGGAAUAAGCCCGAUGACGGGCAGUCUUGUGCUAAUUAA